AUGGGUGGUGUUUCCGUUCGCGAUGUGGACGUGUGCGUGGUUGCGGACGAUGGAUCGAUUCAUCUUGAGGAAGGGCAUAAGCGGCAGAGGCACGCGAAGAAUGCGGGCCUAAGUGAAUUCGGCCGACGUUGGUCCUGGGUGGAUUUGAUAUGUAUCCAAAUCAGCUCCGCUGACUACGACUGUGUCAACAAAAAUCUGCACAUGGGCGGGCGCAAGGGGAAAAUUGGCAGUAUACUUGCGAUCUGCCGGGUUGAGCUGGGUCGAGUCGCAAUCGGAUAUGCAAAUGCCUUUUCACGACGAAAUCGAUAUUUCCGCCACCUCAGCACACCUUGCACGAGACCACGCGUGGAUCGCAAUGCUCAGAAGUUCAUUGCCGCCUACUCGGCUUUCCUGAAGCGUCAGGGCAAGCUCCCCAUCCCCGGCUGGGUUGACACUGUCAAGACCUCUGCCUCCAAUGAGCUUCCUCCCCAGGAUGCUGACUGGUUCUACGUCCGUGCCGCCGCUGUCGCUCGUCACAUCUACAUGCGCAAGACUGUCGGUGUUGGCCGUCUCCGCAAGGUCCACGGUUCCACCAAGAACCGCGGUGCCCGUCCCGCCCACCACGUCGAUGCCUCCGGUUCCGUUGACCGCAAGGCCCUCCAGGCUCUCGAGAAGAUCGGUGUCCUCGAGGUUGAUGAGGAGAAGGGUGGCCGCCGCAUCACCCAGUCCGGCCAGCGUGAUCUUGACCGUAUCGCCAAGACCACCGUUGACGAGGAUGAGGAGUCUGACGAGGAGUAA